GAUGAUGAUGAUGAUUCGGAUGAUGAUGAUGAUGAUGAUGAUGACGAUGAUGAUGCAUCGGAUGACGAUGUUGAUGGUGAUUGUGAUGAUGAUGAUGAUGACGAUGAUGUUGAUGAUGAUGAUAAUGAUGGGGAGGAGCAGGAACAAUAAACUCGAUCGCAUGCGGGGUUGCUGGGGAUAA